GUUGCUUCCGGGUGUCCCGCGGCUGUUGGAGCGUCCGCCUGUCUGUCUGGGUGUUGUUCUGUCCGUCUGUUCACGUGGCUGUCCGUUAUUCGGGGUGUCCGUCUGUCUAUCCCGCAGGGCGUCCUUCUGCCUGUCCUUUUCCUGCUGUGCUCGUCUGUACUUCCAAGCGUCCAUCUGUCUGUCUGUGUGACUCACAGGGGUGUCUGUCUGUCCAGGGCAUCCAUCUCCCUGCUGGGGUACCAAUCUGUCUUUCCAGCUGCCUGUCCGUCCACCCACCGCUCUCCCCACCGCCUCCCCGACACCAUGUACACGGCCCUCCCCAAAAGCGGUUCCCUCUUCGGCCCUGCGCCCACCCACCCUGGGCUGCACAUCUGGCGCGUGGAGAAGCUGCGCCCGGUGCCGGUCCCAGAGAGCUCUUGGGGUGUCUUCUUUUCGGGGGACGCCUACCUGGUGCUGCACCUGGGGCCCGAGGAGCGAGCCCACCUGCACCUCUGGAUCGGUCGGGAGGCGUCGCAGGAUGAGCGGGGGGCGUGCGCCCUGCUGAGCACCCAGCUGAACGCGCUGCUGGGCGAGCGCCCCGUCACCCACCGCGAGGUGCAGGGCCACGAGUCUGAUGAGUUCAUGGGCUACUUCCCCCGUGGCAUCACCUACCAGGAGGGCGGUGUGGACUCAGCCUUCAAGUCGGCGCAGCACAGCGCUGGCCCCGGCCCGGUGCACCGGCUCUACCAGGUGAAGGGCCGCAGGAACAUCCGGGCCACAGAGCGGGACCUGAGCUGGGCCAGCUUCAACACCGGAGACUGCUUCAUCCUCGACCUGGGCGAGACCAUCUUCACGUGGUGCGGGGCGCAGUGCAAUGUCCUGGAGCGCAGCCGGGCACAGGAGUUGGCUGCAGCCAUCCGUGACGGUCAGCGGGGCAGCAAAGUGCGCCUGGAGAUGGUGAUGGACGGCGAGGAGCCCCCCGAGAUGCUGCAGGUGCUGGGCCCAAAGCCCACCUUGACGGAGGGCAGCCCCGAGGAGGACGCGGCGGCCGAUCGGGAUGCAGGGAUGGCCGUUCUCUACAAGGUGUCAGACGCAACGGGGCGCAUGGACCUGAGCGAAGUGGCCCGGAGCUGCCCCUUCAACCAGAGCCUGCUGUGCCCUGACGACUGCUUCGUGCUGGACACGGGUGCCGGGGGGAAGGUCUACGUGUGGAAAGGGCGCAAAGCCAAUGAGCAGGAGCGGCAGGCAGCCCUCAGUGUGGCCGAGCAGACCAUCACCCGCAUGGGCUACUCGCCCCACACACAGGUGGAAAUCCUGCCUCAGGGCCGCGAGACGCCCCUCUUCAAGCAGUUCUUCAGCGGUUGGAAGUGAGGGGGCACCGUGGGGACAGGGCAGCACAGGGGCAGGCUGUGACCCCCAUCCCCACAGCCACCGUAUUCCCCACAGCACCUCCAUCCCUGUGCCAGCUCCAAGCCCAACCCAGCGCUGUGCCAUCACACCACCCCUACCAUAUCCAAGGCUGUGCCAUCCCCAUGCCCGCACCAUCCCCACACCACCCCACUGCCACCGCUAUCUCCAGCCCCGUUUCUGUGGCGUCCCAUCCCAGUGCCAACCCUGUACCCAUCCCAUGCCGUCCUUGAGCCCACUCCAUCCCCACGCCCAUCUGUCCUGGAUCCAUCUCCAUGCCCAUGAUGUCCCCAGUGCCAUCUCCAAGGCCAUGCUGACCCCCUGCCCCCUCCAUCUCCAUGGCCAUGCUGUCCCCAUGCCAUCCCUCGUGCCACCUGUCUCCGAGCCUGUGCCACUUCCCUCUCCACAUCCAUGCCACAUGCAUGCCCAUGCCAUGCCCAUGCCACCUCCCUCUCCAACCCCAUUCCAUGCCAUCCCUCCUCAGUGUCAUCCCCAUGCCCCAGCACACGCCGCCCCCAAGCCCACACUGCCCUGCACAUCCCUGCCAUCCCCACCGUGCCCACGUGCCACCCUCACACUGCACAAAUAAAGGCAUGAUGUGAACCCUG